AAAAGGCGGGCCUUACCGACCAGGUGGAGCUCUCAGCCCCUCCCCCAGUGGUACCACGCCCCUCGUCUGUGAGUCUGAAGGAGGUGACCUGAGCGCCUCACCUGGCUCACCUUACAGCAGCCCGGAAACUCAAUGCCUCGGCUCCAAGGCUGCGGGCGGUGAAUGGUUGUUGUCUGAGACCUCAGCGUCUCUUAUGUGGACAUGGAACCGGUGUACCAGGGUCUGGGCCGCUGUGUGUGCUGUUUUUGGCUUGCAGUAGCCUUUGACAUCGUGGGACUGCUCGUGCUGCUCGUCGGGGUGUUUGUCAACGUGUUUUUCUAUGACUUGCUCAUCUACGCGGGCGCCAUCGUCAUCUUCCUCAGCCUGGUCUGGUGGGUGUUUUGGUACUCCGGGAACAUCGAGGUGCCCCCGGCGGAGCUGGAGGAUGAUGUCGGGUUACUGAAGAAGGACAAGGGCGCUUUUGGCGGCAUCAGCGGGGCGGUGAGGCGCCUCUCCAGCCGCGUGUCAAGCGGCAUCAGAAACUCGUUGCGCAGGAACGGAGGACCGUCCAGCACCCGCACGGGCCGCGCGCAGAGGUCAGCCAGCGGGCCGCCUUUGGCCUCUGGUCAACAGGUCGCCGUUGCUAUGACAACGAUGACCCCACAGGAGGAUACCCCGCACGCUGCAGUCUCCUCAGUGGCGGGCUGUCACAUAGAGAUGCCACACACUACAACAGAGACCUCACCUACAUAGAGUGGGCCCACAGAGACUUGAAUAGAGCCUGCCUGCCUCACAUUGUCUUCAGUGUGCUCCAGAUGGUGCACAGCUUUUCUACUGUUUUGUUUUUAUUGAGAAAUUAUUCAUAAUUGAUGAUGAUACAUGUGAGCAGUUGUUGAGUUGUUAUGACAUGUUUUCUAUUCAAAUGUAUGUUUAGAAAUGUUUUGUUUUAAUCAGUAUGCCAGCAUGGAAUAAGUCUUUUUGAGAUCAACAGACAAAGUUAGGACUUUUAUAUUGAUGACAGUUGUAAAAAUGAGGCCAAUCUCACAGGAAAUUCAAAAUUGUGUACAGCAUAUGUAUCGUUUUUGGUCUGAUGGUCCUUUAACAAAAGUUGAAAAUUGUCACUUUGUACCAAAAAAUAGUACCAAACGUUUAAAUGUUUGUAAGACAAGCGUGAGCUGAAUGUGUUACAUACCAACAUGGUCAAUGCUGGAAACCAUAUUUGUUUUCCAGUACGACGCAACUCACAAAUUCACUGAAAGACAAACUGAAUUUAGAAAUACUGAAUCCAUUUUGAAAGUUCUUGUCAGGUUUUAGAUAUUUUUAAUGAUUUUUGUGGCUGUUGUAAUGACGUGUGACCAAUGCUUUGUGUGAUCUGUACUGUUUUCUGUAUAUGCUGCUAUGAUUUUUAUCAUUUGCAGUUGUAACUUUAUUUUAAUCUUAACAAUCUGAGGAGACUGUUGAAUGUUCACCACCGCAUAUGUCAUCCAGAAGUUGAUGGACCAAAACUUGCUGCAGUUGAAUGUCAACAGAACUAUUGCCUUCAGCUUUGUAACUUCCUGAUUACAGAAAUAUUUCAUUCAGCUUUGUAACUUCCUGAUUAGAACACACUUUUAUCUUGCUUACCUUUAAAGUUGCUGUAAUUAGAUGUAUCAGAUGACAAUGUGAACUCAUGGUGACAGUGGUCACUCGAGAUGAACCUACAGAUAAUUAUCACGUGAAUCUGCAGCUGACUUCUGCUUUAUGCAGCGUUAUAGUGAGUUUCAACUCAUUGUCAAAAUUCAAAUUCACCCGGCCCAGUCCUAUUUUCCCUCACCCAUUCUCUCUCAGCAUUCACCCUACCCUCAGUCAAUGAAAUUAGCAAACUUAUUCAAAAAUCCAAAUCUUCAACCUUCCAAUUAGACCCCCUUCCUACCAUUUUUGUCUCUGUUCCCUCUCAUCACAGACAUCAUUCACUCUUCCCUCACCACUGGAAUUGUUCCUUCCUCUCUCAGAAUACCCACUGUAACUCCAAUAUUCAAAAAACCUGGUUCAGAUCCCAACAGUCUCAAUAAUUUUUGUCCUGUUUCAAAUAUUCCAUUCAUCUCCAACAUUCUUGAACAAUUCCAGUCUGGUUUCCGUCCUUUCCAUAGCACUGAAACAUCACUUCUCAAAAUCACUAACAACCUCCUCCUUGCUGCUGACUCCAGUACACUAACCAUUCUCCUCCUGCUUGAUCUGAGUGCAGCCUUCGACCUCACACACCAUCCUUCUGGACAGACUUUCUUCUAUUGGCAUCACAAACACACCUCUUAAAUGGUUCCUUUCAUACCUUUCAGACUACACUCAGUUCAUCCAGGUAAAAUCACUCACUUCCCACCCAGUCCAUGUCACCACAGGUGUGCCCCAGUCCUCUGCCCCUGUUGUUCACCAUUUACCUUUUCCCUCUCGGUCACAUUUUCCGCAAACAUCAAAUCCACUUUCACUGCUACGCGGAUGACACCCAGCUUUACCUUUCAACCAAAUCUAGCUCAACACUCCCACCUUCCUCCCUCACCAGUUGCCUCCUUGAAAUAAAAUCCUGGUUCACCUCAAGUUUCCUCAAAUUAAACAGCAAUAAACCAGAACUUCUUCUAACAGGCACAAAAUCAACAUUAAAGAAAGUCCAUAACUUCUCUAUUCCCAUCGAUGACUCCUCCAUCUCCCCCUCCCCUCAGUUAAAGAGUCUGGGGGUCAUCCUUGACAGCACUCUCUCCUUGACCUCCCACAUCAAUAGUGUCACUCGGUCCUCCUACUUCCAUCUCUGUAACAUCAACUGUCUCUGUUCUUCCCUCACUCCUCUCUCCACUGCCAUUCUUGUUCACAACCUCAUCACCUCCUGUUUAGACUACUGCAACUCCCUUCUGUUUGCCCCCCCCCCCC